ACGCUCUGAGUGAUUCAUGAUCUGACCGCCCACUCCCUCCAACGUGCACGCUCCAGGCCGGUAGUCUCUGCUUUUCCUCGCGUUACACAGUCAGCUCUGCAGUGACAAGAAGCAUGUCUGAAGCUAAGAAAGUUGUGCUGGCGUACAGCGGCGGUCUGGACACAUCAUGUAUCCUGGUGUGGCUCAUCGAACAGGGAUUCGAUGUCAUCGCUUAUAUGGCUGAUGUCGGGCAGGAGGAAGACUUUGCAGAAGCCAAGGAGAAGGCACUCAAACUGGGGGCCAAGAAGGUUUUCAUUGAGGACUUGAAGAAGCAGUUUGUGGAUGAGUACAUCUGGCCGGCUGUCCGUGCUAACGCCAUCUAUGAGGACCGCUACCUGAUGGGCACGGCCGUCGCGCGCCCGUGUAUCGCCAGACGCCAGGUCGAGAUCGCCAAACAGGAAGGCGCACAAUUCGUGUCCCAUGGUGCAACGGGCAAGGGCAAUGAUCAGAUUCGGUUUGAGCUGACCUGCUAUGCUCUGUACCCUGGAGUCAAGAUCUAUGCUCCAUGGAAGAUUCCAGCGUUCUUUGAAAGAUUCAAGGGCAGACUUGACCUGUUUGAAUAUGCCAAGAAAAACAACAUCCCUCUCCCCGUGACCCCCAAAAGCCCCUGGAGUAUGGACGCCAACCUCAUGCACAUCAGUUAUGAAUCUGGAGUACUUGAAGAUCCUAAGGCCCAUGCUCCUAAGUCCCUGUACCAGAUGACCACAGACCCGGUGGAGGCCCCCAACACUCCGGAGAAACUGGAGAUUGAGUGGAAGGAUGGUGUGCCGACCAAGGUGACUAACCUGGAUGACGGGACUGUGAAGGAUGAUUCCCUCGAACUCUUCCUCUACCUGAACCAAGUGGGUGGAAAGCAUGGAGUUGGACGGAUAGACAUUGUGGAGAACAGAUACAUCGGCAUGAAGUCUCGAGGUAUCUAUGAGACUCCAGCUGGCACCAUCCUGUACCACGCUCACCAGGAUAUAGAACUCUUCACUAUGGACAAGGAGGUGCGCCGACUGAAGAGAGACCUCGGGAUCAAGUUUUCUGAGCAGGUGUACAAUGGUAUGUGGUACAGUCCUGAGUGUGAGUUUACCCGCCACUGCAUCGCCAAGUCCCAGGAGGGCGUGGAGGGGAAGGUUCAGCUGUCUGUGUACAAGGGUAACGUCUACAUCCUGGGCAGGGAGUCACCACGCUCACUCUACAACCAGGAGCUGGUCAGUUUUGAUGUCCAGGGAGACUAUGACCCAACUGAUGCCAACGGCUUCAUCAAGAUCAAUGCUCUUAGGCUGCAGGAGUAUGCACGCCUGCGCUCCAUGGAGGCAAAAUGAGCGCACUUUGCAGCAGCUCCACCUGCUGGAUCCUACAAACAGUGCAACAGUCAAGUUACAACAAUACAAACAGUAGAAAACCUUAUUUUACAACUGGUGUAAUUUCUGUAACAGUUGAAGUUACAGUGUAUUUUUGUGGAAUGUGCAUCUAGUGUUGUCCAUGUUAAUGUAGACAGUGAAAUGUAUUUUGUGCAUUGUAGACUUCCAUCCUCCUUACCAACAACUUGUCAUUGUGGUAAGAUACAGAUGUAGAGGAUGAUGUGACUUAAUGUUACAUGUGACCAUGGAAGAAACUCAAUGAAAUAACCAAAUGUCAUAUACAAACACUACACAAGAAAUAUUAUGAGACCAACCAAAAGUCACUUAAUGAAUUAUAAUGAUAUACAGACUAUAAUAAGGUGUUGGUGGUAUUCACACUAUCUGGCACAAACUUCUCAAGCUAAUACUACUUAAGUGGACCAAGUACAAUCUACAUGUAUGGGUGUGAUGGAAUCUAGAACAAAGAAUGGAACAGUAAAAUUA